CAAAACAAAACAACAUCAUCUUUCAUCACCCCCGUACCCUACUCUUUCUCUCUCUAAACUUGGCCAAUUUAGAGAGAGAGAGGAAAAAUCUGUGUAAAACCCCCCAUUGGAGAGAGAGAGAGAUAAGAGGAAAUGGGUGGGAAGAGAUUCUGUGUUCUUCUUUGCGCGGAGGACUCUGACUACGUGAAGAAGAUGUACGGAGGGUACUUCGGGGUUUUCGUGAGAAUGCUGGCUGAGGAAGGCGAGACGUGGGACGUCUACCGUGUGGCCUCCGGCGAGUUCCCGGACGACGAAGAGAUCGCACUCUUGGAUGGGUUUGUCAUCACCGGAAGCUGCAAUGAUGCCCAUGGGAACGACGUUUGGAUCUGCAAGCUGUUGAAUCUGUUGAAGAAAUUGGACGCCAUGAAGAAAAAAGUUCUGGGCAUUUGCUUUGGACACCAGAUACUAGGCCGUGCGUUGGGAGGAAAGACAGGCCGGAGCAUGUCAGGCUGGGACAUUGGAGUGAGAACCAUCCAUUUAUCAUCAUCCUCAAAGCACUUUUCAUCUCUGAAAAUUCCAGCCACUCUCUCUCUGAUUGAAUGCCAUAGAGAUGAGGUCCGGGAGCUUCCUCCUAAGGCUGAGGUGAUUGCAUGGUCCGACAAGACUGGAAUUGAGAUGUUUAGGUAUGGGGACCAUAUCAUGGGCAUCCAAGGUCACCCUGAGUACACCAAAGACAUUCUACUGCACCUUAUUGACCGCCUUCUCCAGCGCGAUAUGAUCAUGGAGUCUUAUGCUAAGGAGGUGAAAGGGAAGGUGGGGGCAUGUGAGCCAGAUAGAGAGGCAUGGAAGAAAUUGUGCAUUAGCUUUCUCAAGGGUGGAUUGUGAUGAUAAAUUUCAAUAUCUAGAAUAAAAGAAAAAACUGUAAAUAUGAAGUAUCGGAAGUAGAAGGAAGAGAGAUAGAGAAGUGUGAUGGGCAGUGAGAGAGCAAUCGAGCUGCCAUUACAAGGCACGUUUAGCUGUUUUGACGUUGGCAUUUCAAGAUGUGAUGAAUCGUAAUUCCAACCAUGUCAAAUAAAUUACAAAGGUUUUUUUGUCAA